CCAAAACAAUGCUAUGACGCCAAACAACAAGAGCGGCGAGCUCACCGUGGAUCCGGGUAGCAAGCCUAGCCAGGGCAGCGAACCUAACCAGGGCGGCCAGGUGGAUACCGAAGAUCAGUACCCGCACGGUUUGCGACUGUUCCUUCUCGGUGGAGCCUCCAUCCUAGGCAUCUUCUUGAUUUCUCUAGACCAGACCAUUCUUGGGACCGCUAUACCCAAGAUUACGGACGAUUUCGGCGGCAUUGGCGAUGUCACUUGGUACAGCGCGGGCUACUUCAUGACGUUUGGUGUAUUUCGACUCAAAUACACCUAUAUUGUUGCGAUCAUCAUCUUCGAGAUUGGCAGCCUCAUUUGCGGAGUCACGCCCAACUCCAACGUUUUGAUCAUUGGCCGUGUCAUCGCCGGCAUAGUUUCGUCCGUGUUGAUGGGCUAUAUUGGUCUGUCGUACGGCAUUGCUUCGGUCCUCGGGCCACUUGUUGGCGGCACUUUUACCGAAGGAGCGAGUUGGCGAUGGUGCUUCUACAUCAACCUUCCGAUUGGUGGCUUAACCGCCUUCCUCAUCAUUUCCUUCUUCCAUCUACCAAGCGCCGCCGAACCCCCAAAGGUCAGGCUGAGGGAGAAGAUCCUGCACGCAGAUCCCGUCGGUAUGGCUCUAGCCAUGGGCCUCAUCCUCUGCUUCCUUCUUGGUCUCCAUUAUGCCAGCCUAGGCGGCGCCAACCCCUGGAGCAGCAGCUUGGUCAUCGGGAACCUAGUGGGCUUUGUCGUCAUCUCACUCACUCUGGUCGCUUGGGAAUGUUAUCUCGGUGAGUACUCCAUGCUGCUUCCGCGCCUGUUCAAGAAACGCGCCGUCUGGACCGUAGUCCCUUUCCAACUCCUUCUCAUGGGCAACCUCGUUCUUCUGCUGUACUAUCUCCCCAUCUACUUCCAGAGCGUCCGCGGCGCAAGCCCCAUCGCAUCUAGGGUGGAUAAUCUACCUAUGGUGAUAGCGGUGGGCAUAUUUUGCGUCGUCGGUGGCGAGGUCGUCUCAAGGACCGGACAGGCGACUGCGACCAUGUUCGUUGGUGCCGCAGUAGGUACAAUUGGGUGUGGCCUCCUCUGCACGCUCGGUCUUACCACGCCGACGGGCAAGUGGAUCGGCUAUCAGAUUCUCGCCGGCUCCGGCAUCGCCUUCUGCGUGCUGAACGGCAUAAACAUAGCUCAGGCCAACGUCGGCCCUGAGGACCUGGCCGCCGUUGUCGCCAACGUAUAUUUCUUCCAAACGGUGGGCGGCGCCUUCACUACAUCGGCGGCGCAGGCAGCCUUCAGUUAG